UUCCGUGGCAAACCGGUUAGCGUCUCAUUCUACACAGCUGCCAUGGAGCUGUGUCGGCGGCGAUACAAGAACCCACUGUUCAUCUUGACCAGUGACGACCUGUCAUGGUGCAGGGAGCACCUGCAGGCCAAAGACGUUCACGUGCUCGGUGACAGCCGCACCGAGCCGCCUGGUCCUGGACGGGACCUGGCUCUGCUGGCCGCCUGCAACCACACCGUGUUCGACUACGGCACCUACGGCUUCUUCGGAGCGUUCCUUGCAGGCGGGGACAUGAUCCUGGCGGACGGGUUUGCUGAGCUGGAGCACGAAAUUGUGGCCGAGCUGCGUGUGGGCGGUAUCAAUGCCACGUUUUUGGACCCCGACGGCGUACUGCUGCCCCACUGUGUGCUCUGCACGUGACGCUAGGCUGCUAC